UUUGUGGGCACGUUUUGUGCCAUGCGUUCUGCACGACAUGCACGGUAACUGACGUAUGUGAUGCACACGUACAUUCACAGCUGACCAAGGACACGUUGUCUGUCCAUGACGUUAAUAUAUUUCACACCUGCCUGAAUAACAAAGACAACUUCGCACAAAAUAUCAGAGCAUAAUUCUAGAAUUUUGCAAGAUGAAUCAUUCGUCACUUUGUGGUUCUGUUGCCAUUGGGGCCAGUAAACACCCAAACAAUGGCAAAAAUGUCUUCAGCUACGGCACGGCAGGAUUUCGGUGCAGAGCUGAUAUCCUUGACCCUGUGCUGUAUCGUCUAGGGCUGCUAGUUGUACUCAGGUCUAAAGCUGUCAAAGCAACCGUUGGUGUAAUGAUAACUGCAUCGCACAAUCCGGAGGAGGACAAUGGGGUCAAGGUCGUUGAACCCAUGGGAGAGAUGUUGGUAGCUGAGUGGGAGAAGUAUGCGACGUCCAUUGCUAAUGUUCCAGAUGAGGAUCUUGGCCGAUACAUUGAGAGCUUAAUCAGUGAUCUAGAGAUCGACAUAACACUCCCUGCAAACGUCUUCCUAGCAAGAGAUACAAGACCCAGUAGUGUAGCCUUGGCUCAAGCGCUAAUGGAUGGUAUUCAGACCUUGAAAGGAGACUAUAUCGACUAUGGGCUGCUGUCAACACCACAACUCCAUUACAUGGUCAGGUGUCAUAACACAAAGGGUGACUACGGUAAAGCAACUGAGCAGGGUUACUACAGUAAACUAUCGUCAGCGUUUACUCAAGUUAGGCAACAGUGUAACUCUGGUCAGAGUUGUUACGCUAGGGAGAUAUCUGUGGAUGGAGCUAAUGGGGUCGGGGCUCUGAAAAUGCAGCAGUUAUGUCAGCAUCUAAACAACCAGCUGAAAAUAUCCAUUCAUAAUGAUGGAACACAUGGCAAACUCAACGACAGGUGUGGAGCAGACUUUGUCAAAGUGGAGCAACAACCUCCUUAUGGUAUGCCAACCAAAGAAGCUGGAGGUAAAUGUAUAUCUCUUGAUGGAGACGCUGAUAGGAUUGUCUACUACUUCAUUGAUAACGAUGGCGUUUUCCACCUGCUGGAUGGAGACAAGAUUGCAACACUUAUUGCUGGGUACAUUCAGGAGUUGGUCACAGCGUCCGGUCUCCAACUCAAUAUGGGUCUUGUACAAACAGCCUACGCCAAUGGAAGCUCUACAGCAUAUGCCUCAAACGUCCUAAAAGUACCGGUAGCAUGUGCCUGCACUGGAGUCAAACAUCUACAUCGUAAAGCUCUGGAGUUUGAUGUGGGUGUUUACUUUGAAGCCAAUGGACAUGGAACGGCUUUAUUCAGUACAGAAGCAGCAGACAAAAUCAGUAAAGCCAGUCAAGACGAAAGUUUACCAGAAGAUAAAAGGCAUGCUGCAGUCACAUUGAAAGACCUUCGGGAUCUUAUUAAUGAGACUGUUGGUGACGCAAUCUCAGACAUGUUAGUUGUAGAAUGUAUCCUAUAUGCCAAAGGAUGGGGGAUGUCAGACUGGAACGCAGCCUACAAAGAUCUUCCCAACAGACAACUCAAAGUCAAGGUGAAAGACCGUAGGGCCAUACAGACAACAGACUCUGAACGUUGUGCGACCUCGCCAAGCGGCCUUCAAGACGCCAUUAAUAACCUCGUUGGAAACUACCAGAAAGCUCGAUCGUUUGUCAGGCCUUCUGGUACAGAAGAUAUAGUAAGGGUGUAUGCUGAAGCUGAUACACAGAACGCGGCAGACUCCCUCGCAUAUGAAGUGGCCGCAAAGGUCCACCAGCUUGCCGAUGGCAUCGGAGAUCCCCCAGUCAAACCUUCAUCCACAUAAGAGGAAAGACGAGUUUCUCAAACUAAACAACUCUUUCGUCCAACACAUGUAGUCAUAGACCUUUUUGCAAAUACCCAUUGUGCAAGCGCUUGAUUGAGGUGCAUGCUGCUCUAGCUAGCGAUCCAACUUGAUCGCUUGCUAGACCAGCAUGCACCUCAUUCCCAGCCUUGCAUGCGCCUACCAAGUAUUAGCGAUUAGGUCUAUGGUAGUUCUGCAGUACUAUUCUUAUAAAGUUUGCAGUAGUACUCACAACAAGUACUUCUUUACACCACGUCGAGUCCCUCGAUGUUCUUGCCAGGAGCUGCCCUAAAUCCAUCCAAUCUUGGGAUUGAUUCAAAUAAGUUAAGCAUUCCUUACAUAACCAGCAUUCCAGUGAUAAUGAUAACAAAAUAAUAAUGACUCUUAUAUAGCGUAAUUUCAAAGAGGAACAUUGUGUUUCAAACAUUAUUACCCCUGGUCACUGGGCCAUGUAUUUCUUUUCCACAAACCAUGUCAGCGAGUGUACAGCAUGUGCUGCCAAGUGAGAAGCACACGAGCUAAAACAAUCACCAGAACCAUAUCUGCUCUCACAGGUACCAAUUACCCCUGGGUGAUGAGAAGCAAUUAUAGUUAAGUGUCAUGACCGGGAUUUGAUUUGAUUUGCUGUUGUCUCAGCAACCACAACUUGAGUUCGAUGCACUAAGCCGCUCGGCCAGUAGGCUACAAGUUCUUCAGUCAGAAUCAUAGAGUUAUAUAUAAGAACUAGAGGGCGCACUGGUGAUGCUUCUUGCACAAACGCGACAGGACCACAAGGAGACACGCGUGCCAUUCUACACGCGCAUUGAAUAUAAAGUACACGUUGGAGUUUGUGUUUAUUGAACGCUACGCGAUGCUGUUUUGUCAACUUACAAAAUGGCUGCACAAACACACGCUGUGCGAUGCCAGUUUUGUCAACUUAGAAAAUGGCCUCCUGCGCGCAUACCGGGUCGCGUAUAAUUAUAGGCCAGUGCGCCCUCUAGUUCUUAUAAUAACUCUAUGGUCAGAAUAGACUCCACAAGUCUUGCACAUAUUCAAACAUUGGGACCCAAUUUAACUAUGACCGUAGAAACGCCUUGGCCUCCUGUUUUUCGAUUGAAUCAUAGAAAGACAAUCGUUUAACGCAUUUUUCUGUUAUUAAAGACACUGGACACUAUUGGUAAUUGUCACAGACCAGUCUUCUCACUUGGUGUAUCUCAACAUAUGCAUG